UCUGAACACCAAAGAUCAAGCUCUUCGUCUACUUCUCAUCUUACACUUGCUUCUAAUACAAUUCUGUGAUACCCCCAAUCCUUUCACAACUUGCAUCAUGGCCGUCAAGGAGUGCUACAUCGACGAGGCGCCCCAGCAAAACCCAUGGGUUCAGACUCCGCUGAGAGAGUCGUACGCGCUGUCUGAAGCAGCAGGAUGCAGAAUCUUUCUCAAGCUGGAAAACCUCCAACCUUCUGGAUCAUUCAAGUCACGAGGAAUUGGCAACUACAUCCUCCGUCGUCUCGCAGAACUCCCAGAAGGCUCGCGCCCUCAUAUAUUCGCAUCCAGCGGUGGCAAUGCAGGUCUCGCUGCCGUUCACUCUGCUCGCGCUCUCAACUUACCGUGCACUGUCGUUGUACCAACCGCCACGGCACCUUUGAUGGUUGCCAAACUACGAGCAGCGGGCGCGUACGAGGUUAUCCAAUACGGUGCAGCUUGGAAAGAUGCAGACACAUACCUCAAGGAGCAUGUAAUGCCCUACGCACAAACUUCGACCAUCUACUGCCCACCCUUUGAUCACCCAGACAUCUGGCAAGGCAACAGCACCUGCAUGGACGAGAUCGCGGCUCAGCUCCCAGGCGAGCCAGAUGUACUGAUCUGCUCUGUCGGCGGCGGCGGCCUGAUUAACGGUAUCUGCCAGUCUAUGGACAAACACCAAAUGAGCAAGACAACCAUCCUCGCCAUGGAGACUGCCGGCGCCGAGAGUCUCAACGCAGCGCUCCAAGCCAAGGAACUCAUCACACUACCUAAGAUCACAUCACAAGCAACAAGCCUAGGCUGCGCACGCGUAACAGACGCAACAUUCAAAUACGCCCAGCGAGGCAACGUUCGAAGCAUCGUUUUACCCGACGCAGAAGCAGCAAUGGGCUGCUGGCGCCUCGCGGACGACGAGCGCAUCAUGGUAGAGCUCGCCUGCGGUAUCAAUGUCGCUCUCUGCUAUGAUGGUCGACUCGAGAAGGCCCUCGGCCGCCCUGUCCACCCGGAAGACAAGGUCGUCAUUGUGCUUUGUGGCGGAAGCAACGUCACAAGCAAGAUGUUGUGUGACUGGAGGAACGAGUACGCGUACAUUGAAGAAGAGACUGAGGCUAGGAGACGCAAGAGUGAUUCUGCGCUUGGUAGUGAGACACAGAGUGAGACGGGCAGUAUGAAGGAUGUCGAUAUGGGAAUGAGCAAUGUCCCAAGUGAGUACAGUAAGCCUCUGGUGAUUGAGGGUAUUGAGGUUGGCUGCGUAGAGUGCUCGUAGGAGUCACUUCUUUUCCUGUUCUUUUUUUUUUCACGAAUUUCCUUCCAUCCAAGUUCAUAUACUGAAGCGCUUUCACGGUAGCGUUUAAUGACAAAAACAUUACGUUCAGUCCUCACGCGUUCACCCACCAUUCAUCUUUCAUGGAGCUUAGUGGUGCCCCCGCGGUUGGGCUAUGUCUACUACCUCAUGAGAAGGCUUUGUGGCGAACCCCAGUACAUCACGAUGCGUCAUCUCUCUCAUUGCUUUCACUCUUGACCUGUUCUGAUUUCACACUGCCACUAGCGUCAGAUGCC